GGCCGGAAGCUCUCCCAGCGUGCUUUGCGUUUCCGGGCGAGAGCCGGCCGCUCGGGCAGCGUGUGGGAGCUGCUGUGAGGUCUGGUUAGUCUGUACGCGCCUCCCCGAGUCAAGUUCUCGCCGGUGUUUUUAGAAAUCUGCCGGCGUCAGAGAUGACGUCCUUAGCCCAGCAACUCCAGCGACUCGCCCUCCCUCAGAGUGACCGCAGCCUGUUAUCAAGAGAUGAAGUUGCUUCUUUGUUGUUUGACCCCAAGGAAGCGGCCACCGUCGACAGGGACACCGCCUUUGCCAUUGGAUGCACUGGCCUGGAAGAGCUGCUGGGGAUCGACCCUUCCUUUGAGCAAUUUGAAGCACCGUUGUUCAGCCAGCUAGCAAAAACACUGGAGCGCAGCGUUCAGACCAAAGCAGUGAACAGACAGCUGGAUGAAAACAUUUCAUUAUUUCUUAUUCAUUUGUCUCCUUACUUCCUGCUGAAGCCAGCACAGAAGUGUCUGGAGUGGUUGAUUCACAGGUUUCAUAUCCAUCUUUAUAAUCAAGAUAGCCUCAUUGCUUGUGUUCUACCAUACCAUGAGACAAGAAUAUUUGUACGGGUUAUACAGCUUCUAAAAAUUAAUAAUCCAAAGCACAAAUGGUUUUGGUUGUCACCAGUUAAGCAACACGGAGUGCCCUUAGCUAGAGGAACUUUGAUUACCCACUGCUACAAAGAUCUUGGUUUCAUGGAUUUCAUUUGUAGUCUGGUGACCAAAUCGGUGAAGAUUUUUACUGAGUACCCUGGGAGUUCAGCUCAAUUGAGGGUGCUCUUAACUUUUUAUGCUUCUACCAUCGUGUCUGCCAUAGUGACUGCUGAGGACAAAUUGGAUAAUAUAGUAGCCAAGCUAUUUCCGUACAUCCAAAAGGGAUUGAAGUCAUCUUUACCAGAUUACAGAGCUGCAACGUACAUGAUAAUAUGUCAGAUUUCUGUGAAAGUGACAAUGGAAGAUACCUUUGUUAAUUCGUUGGCAUCGCAGAUCAUCAAAACACUGACCAAAAUUCCCUCUUUGAUAAAGGAUGGAUUAGGUUGCUUGAUAGUGCUCAUGCAGAGACAGAAGCCAGAGAGCCUUGGGAAAAAGCCAUUUUCUCACUUGUGUAAUGUUCCUGAUCUUAUUACAAUACUUCAUGGGAUUUCUGAAAAACAUGACAUCAGUCCUCUUCUGCGUUACAUGCUUCCCCAUCUGGUUGUCUCCAUCAUUAAUCAUGUUACAGGAGAAGAAACUGAAGGUAUGGAUGGACAAAUUUACAGGAGACAUUUAGAAGCUAUACUUUCAAAUAUAUCACUGAAGAACAACUUAGACCAUUUGUUAGCUAGCCUUCUUUUUGAAGAGUAUAUUUCAUAUAGUUCACAGGAAGAAAUCCAUCCUGAUAAAGUAUCUUUGCUUAAUGAACAGUUUCUUCCACUUAUCAGACUUCUAGAAAGCAAAUAUCCUAGAACAUUAGAUAUUGUACUAGAGGACCGCCUAAAAGAAAUUACAGAUCUAAAAAAACAAGAGCUUUUUCAUCAGUUUAUUUCUCUUUCUACAAGUGGAGGGAAGUAUCAGUUUUUAGCAGAUUCUGAUACCUCUUUGAUGCUCAGUCUGAAUCAUCCACUUGCUCCGGUGAGAAUUCUGGCCAUUAAUCAUCUGAAAAAUAUCAUGAAAACAUCAGAGGAAAAUGUCGAUGAGUCUUUCAUAAAAGAAGCUGUUUUAACCCGAUUAGGUGAUGAUAGCAUAGAUGUUGUUUUGUCAGCCAUGAAUGCUUUUAAGAUUUUCAGACAACACUUUAGUUCAGAAGUGACAGUUUCAAAUCUUCUGAAUCUUUUUCAAAGAGCAGAACUUUCAAAAAAUAGGGGAUGGUAUGAGGUACUUGAGGUAGCAGCAGACAUAUUAAUUAAAGAAGAGAUACUGAGUGAAAAUGAUCAGUUGUCAAAUCAGGUGGUGGUACAUCUGCUGCCAUUUAUGAUUAUUGUCAGUGAUGAUAUGGAAUCUGCUGAGAUGAAAAUUGCUAUAUAUUUAUCAAAAUCAGGAAUUUGCUCUCUUCACCCUUUAUUAAGAGGCUGGGAAGAAGCUCUUGAAAAUGUGAUUAAAAGCACAGACUCGAGAAAACUAAUUGGUGUAGCAAAUCAGAGGAUGAUUGCGUUAUUGGCUGACAAUAUAAGUUCAGGGGAUCCUUCUUCAAUGUUAAAGAUGGUGGAAGAUUUAAUAAGCAUGGGGGAAAAGGAGUGCUUCAGCCUGAAGCAGAAAGUGACCUUUCAUGUGAUCAUGGCUGUGCUUGUUUCUUGCUGUUCAUCUUUAAAAGAAGCUCACUUUCCAUUUGCAAUAAGAGUCUUCAGUUUGUUGCAGAAAAAAAUAAAGAAGCUUGAAAGUGUCAUUACUGCAGUGGAAAUCUCCUCAGAAUGGCAUUUUGAGCUGAUGAUGGACAGAGAAAUACCAGUGCAACUGUGGGCACAUUACAUAGAGCAGCUCAACGCUGCCCAGCGUGUUGUUGUGGAGGAUUCUGUUUUACUCAUAUUUUCACUGAAAAAUUUUAUUCAUGCACUAAAGGCUCCUAAAUCUUUUCCUAAAGAUGAUAUAUGGUGGAAUCCUGAACAACUGGAAGAAGACAGCAGAGCCUAUCUGCGCUUGCUGAUUGGGCUCUUUGAGAUGAUACUCAGUGGUGCUGAUGCCAUUCAUUUUAGGGUUAUGAUGAAACUUUUCAUAAAGGUGCAUCUAGAAGACGUUUUUCAGUUAUUCAAGUUCUUUUCUGUUUUAUGGACAUACGGAUCUAGCCUUUCAAAUCCACUUAACUGCAGUGUGAAAACAGCACUACAAACUCAAGCUCUUUAUAUAGGUUGUGCGAUGCUUUCUGCUCAGAAGGUACAGAAUAAACAUCAGCUGGCAUCUCUAUCUUCUCCAGUGGUGACAUCUCUACUCAUUAAUCUGGGAAGCCCUGUAAAGGAAGUACGAAGGGCCUCCAUUCUUUGUCUUCAGGCCCUCAGUGGAGUGGUGUCUCGGUUCCAUCUGGUAAUAGAUCAUUUGGUUCCUAAAACAGAGGAGAUCACCUCAGAUGCCACCUAUGCUGCUCAGGAUUUAGCUGCUUUAUUUGAAGAACUACAGAGAGAAAAGAAACUGAAAUCUUAUCAGAAGUUAUCUGAAACUUUGAAAAACCUACUUAAUUGUGUGUAUAGUUGCCCAUCUUACAUUGCAAAGGAUUUGGUGAAAGUACUUGAGGAAGUCAACAAUGAGAUGGUGCUUUCUCAGCUGUUGCCUAUGGUUGAACAACUGUUAGAAAAGAUCCAGAAGGAGCCAACAGCUGUCCUGAAAGAUGAGGCCAUUAUUCUACAUCUUAUUCUGGGAAAAUAUAAUGAAUAUUCAGCUUCCCUUUUACAUAAGGACCCAAAGAGUCUAGAUAUAUUUAUACAAGCCGUGUAUACAACAAAGGAACUUUACACAGGAAUGCCAACUAUACAGAUAACAGCUCUUGAAAAGAUUACAAAGCCAUUUUUUGCAGCUAUAUCAGAUGAAAAAGUUCAGCAGAAGCUUUUGCGCAUGUUGUUUGAUUUAUUGGUGAAUUGUAAAAAUUCACAUUGUGCUCAGACCAUUAGCAGUGUUUUUAAAGGGAUUUCUGUUAAUGCUGAACAAGUCAGAAUAGAACUGGAACCACCAGACAAAACUAAGUCCUUGGGCACAAUUCAGCAAACAAGAAGACAAAAAAUGCAGCAGAAAAAAUUACAAGAUCUAGAAUCUGUUCAGGAAGUUGGAGGUUCUUACUGGCAAAGAGUAACCCUCAUCCUAGAAUUACUGCAGCACAAAAAGAAACUCAAAAAUCCUCAGAUACUGAUACCGACUCUUUUUAACCUGCUGUCAAGGAGUUUAGAACCUCUGCCGCCGGAGCAGGGAAAUAUGGAAUACACCAAACAAUUAAUUCUUAGUUGUUUGCUCAACAUCUGCCAAAAACUCUCUCCAGAUGGUGGCAAAAUAUCAAAGGAUGUUCUAGAUGAGGAAAAGUUCAAUGUGGAAUUGAUUGUUCAGUGCAUCCGUGUUUCAGAGAUGCCACAGACCCAUCACCAUGCCCUUUUACUUUUGGGUACUGUUGCUGGAAUAUUUCCUGAUAAAGUUCUACACAAUAUCAUGUCUAUUUUUACAUUUAUGGGAGCCAAUGUCAUGCGCCUAGAUGAUACUUACAGUUUUCAAGUUAUUAACAAGACCGUGAAAAUGGUUAUUCCAGCACUUAUUCAGUCCGACGGUGGAGACUUUGUAGAAGUCACAAGAAACGUGGAAGGUGUCGUGGUGAAAAUCAUUAACGUCUUUGUGGAUGCACUUCCACACGUUCCAGAGCACAGGCGCCUGCCCAUCCUUGUUCAACUUGUUGAUACGUUAGGUGCAGAAAGAUUCCUCUGGAUUCUCCUUGUUCUGCUUUUUGAACAGUAUGUCACUAAGACAGUGCUGGUGGCUGCCUAUGGAGAAAAGGAUGCUAUUUUAGAGGCAGACACUGAAUUUUGGAUUUCAGUCUGUUGUGAAUUCAGUGUCCAACACCAGAUACAAAGCUUGAUGAAUAUUCUCCAGUACUUAAUAAAGCUGCCAGAGGAAAAAGAAGAAGCUGUUCCCAAAGCGGUAUCAACUAAAAGUGAAUCACAAGAACAAAUGCUACAGAUUUUUAACAUAGACACUCACACUAACAAGCAACUGCGGCAUUUGAAGUUUUUGUCAGUGUCCUUCAUGUCUCAGCUCCUGGCUUCCACCCGUUUUAUCAGAAAGAUGGUUGAAAGUGGUGGUCCUCAGGUUUUAAAAGGCCUUGAACAGAGGUUGCUAGAAACCGUUCUUGGCUAUAUUAACACAGUAGCACAGUCUGUGGAGAAAAAUGCAGACAAGCUAACUGUGAAGUUUUGGCGGGCACUGCUGAGUAAAGCUUACGACAUGUUAGAUAAGGUCAAUGCCUUGCUGCCCACAGAGACAUUCAUUGCUGUGAUCAAAGGACUGCUGGGUAACCCACUGCCAUCUGUCCGCCGGAAAGCAUUGGAUCUUUUGAACAAUAAGCUACAGCAGAAUACGUCCUGGAAAAAGAAAAUUGUUUAUCGUUUCCUGAAAUUGGUUCCAGUCCUUUUGGCCAUUGUGCAGCAUAAAAAGAUGGUAGAAGAACAAGCAAUAAACAGACAGACAGCAUUGUAUACCCUGAAGCUUUUAUGCAAGAAUUUUGGUGCAGAAAAUCCAGGGCAUUUUGUCCCGGUGCUGAAUGCUGCUGUGAAACUAAUUGCACCCGAAACAAAGGAAGAGAAGAAUGUCUUGGGAAGUGCCCUGCUGUGCGUGGCAGAGGUGGCCUCCACCCUGGAGGCGCUGGCCAUCCCUCAGCUUCCCAGCCUGAUGCCGUCAUUGCUGACAAGAAUGAAGAACACCAGCGAGCUGCUCUCUGGUGAGGUCUAUCUGCUCAGUGCUCUGGCAGCCCUGCAUAAGGUUGUGGAGACCCUCCCACACUUCAUCAGCCCUUACCUGGAAGGGGUCCUGUCUCAGGUGGUUCAUUUGGAGAAAAUCACUAGUGAAAUGGGUUCUGCCUCACAAGCUAAUGUCCGUGUCACAUCCCUUAAGAAGACACUGGCUACCACACUCUCACCCAGAGUCUUACUGCCAGCAAUCAAUAAAACGUACAAGCAAAUUGAGAAGAACUGGAAGAACCACAUGGGUCCAUUUAUGAGCAUCUUGCAAGAGCACAUUGGGAUCAUGAAGAAGGAAGAGCUCACCUCCCAUCAGUCUCAGCUAACCAUAUUUUUCUUGGAAGCCCUGGACUUCCGAGCACAGCAUUCUGAAAGUGAUCUGGAAGAAAUUGGAAAAACAGAAAAUUUUAUCAUUGACUGUCUAGUAGCCAUGGUUGUAAAACUUUCUGAAGUCACAUUUAGGCCCCUUUUCUUCAAGCUGUUUGAUUGGGCUAAAACAGAGGAUGCCCCUAAGGACAGACUAUUGACGUUUUACAAUUUGGCGGAUUGCAUUGCUGAAAAACUAAAAGGGCUUUUUACUCUGUUUGCUGGCCACUUGGUAAAGCCUUUUGCUGACACCUUGAACCAGGUGAACAUCUCCAAAACAGAUGAAGCGUUUUUUGACUCUGACAAUGAUCCUGAAAAGUGCUGCUUGCUCUUACAGUUUAUUUUGAACUGUUUGUAUAAAAUUUUCCUAUUUGAUACUCAGCAUUUUAUCAGUAAAGAGAGAGCAGAAGCCUUGAUGAUGCCCCUGGUGGACCAGCUGGAAAACAGGCUAGGAGGGGAUGCGCACUUCCAGGAGCGAGUGACGAAGCACCUGAUCCCCUGCAUCGCGCAGUUUUCAGUGGCCGUGGCAGAUGACUCUCUUUGGAAACCACUGAACUACCAGAUUUUGCUUAAGACGAGAGACUCUUCACCAAAGGUUCGAUUUGCUGCUCUGAUUACCGUGUUAGCACUGGCUGAAAAACUAAAGGAGAAUUACAUUGUCUUGCUACCAGAGUCCAUUCCUUUCUUAGCUGAAUUGAUGGAAGAUGAAUGUGAAGAAGUAGAACAUCAGUGCCAAAAGACUAUUCAGCAACUGGAAGCUAUACUGGGAGAACCACUCCAGAGCUACUUCUAAAACUUUGGGGUGUUGGUGUUUCUUACUCUGUUCAGAGGUCAGAUUUACUUUUCAUAUUUUUAUUUUGGGUGUGGUACCAUAUUACUUUUGGUACCCUGACACCUGUCUACUAGACUCCUUUAUGAAAGUCCCACCUGGUUUGUACUACUAUAGAAGCCUCCCCUGCCACUUGUACAGAAUUGCAAUAAGAAUAAAUGAUACCUGCUAUUUUUAUACAGA